AUGGGGUUUCUGAGAAUUGUGUGCAGUUUGGUUUUUGUGCGCUUGAUCAAUCUAUGUGAAGCGAGAUUUUUUGUGUUGCCUUUGGAUUGGACUGCUGUCAAUAAUUCUAGCCUUCCAACCCUUACUACUGAGCAAGGGACAUUCACUGUAGUCACAGAUGGCAAGGGGAAUCCCAUUAUGAGUGAAGAUAAGAGAUUUCAGUUUGGAUUCGUCAAUGUUAAUUCUUCUGGUGAAUUUAUUCUCUCCAUUGUUUUGGUCGUGAAUAACACAUCCUCAGCUUUUGGAACUGAGAUUUGGACUGCAAAUAGGCAGAGGACUGUUGCAGAAAGUGCAGUGCUGAUGCUGGAGAGUAGUGGGGAUAUAGUAUUGAAAGAUACAGAUGGAACAGUGGCCUGGAACAUCAGCACUGGUAAGACCCAGAACAAGACCAUUGCUAUGCUGAUCUCAGGUAAUUUGCAGAUCUAUAAUACUACAAAUUCUUCACUUUUUUCAAGUUCUAGUCUUAUCUGGCAGAGUUGGGACCAUCCCACACACACCCUCUUACCUGGGCAGAGCCUAAAGACAGGCUAUACGUUGGUAUCCAAUUACUCUGCAACAAGUGCCAGCCAAGGCUCCUAUAAGCUGGUUAUGGAGCCUGGAGGGAUGGUCCUGUACUACAGAAGCAAGUUUGAUGAACCUUAUUGGUCUCUGGGGCUGCCUGGAUUGGACUAUGAAGGCAUUCUAAGGCCAUGUUUCUAUACUUACUCAUCUCAGAAUGCUGAGGCCGUGUAUACAGGGGUAGAACUACAAAUUUCAUUCAAUGAGACUAUUGCUAAUUCUUCUACUUCUUGCUCAUAUGGAACCAAUGUUUUGUCUCUGCCACCUGCUGCUCUUAAUGACACCCAAUACAAGUUCGUGAGGCUGGACAUUGAUGGUAACCUCAGAUCAUACGCUGUACAUCUAAUGACAUUGCCCGACUCUGGCAACAAUUUUUCAGCGUGGGUUCCAGAAUUUGGGUUAGAUCAAUCUGACAAGUGCGUUCUUCCAAAAGCUUGUGGACCUUAUGGCAUAUGUACGGAUGGCCAGUGCAGCUGCCCGGGCUCUGAAACUUCUGAUAGGUUUGAUCAAAUUCAGAAUUUGGAUAUUACUCAAGGAUGCCGGAGCCGCUCAGGUGAACCAGAUUGCAGCCAAACUUCUGCGGAUCAUCAUUAUUUGCCUAUCGGCGAAGCAGAAUACUACCUAAAUGACUUCUUCCAACCUCUGAGGAAUGUGUCUACCAUUGACAAAUGUAAAGAAAUGUGCUCAUCCAACUGUUCUUGCACCGCAGCCGUCUUCCGCGAUAGCUCUGCUUCAUGUUACCUCAUAACUGGGCCCUUGAACUCCAUGAAAUCUGUGUCAAACCAGACGUACAAGUCUUAUAUCAAGGUCCAGAAUAAUGUUGCACUAAACAAGACUUCAGUCUCGACUUCCUUGAGUAAUGGCAUCAUAGCAGGGAUAAUAUUAGGUUCAGUUGCAGUAGCUCUCUGCCUGUACCUGAUUCUCUUUCUAACCAUUCAGUACAUGCGAAAGAGAAAAGUCAAUGAAGUUGAUGUAUGUGAGAAGGAGAUCGACCCUGCACAAAGGGAAGAGGAAGCAUUCUUCAACACACUUCCAGGCCUUCUCAAAAUAUUCACAUAUGAUGAACUCAGGGAAGCCACUGACAACUUCAGCAGAAUUCUUGGAAAAGGAGGAUUUGGACCAGUCUAUGAAGGCAUUCUUAAAGAUAAUAGCAAAGUUGCAGUGAAAAAAUUAGAUGGUUCUAGCCAAGGAAUUAAGGAAUUCAGAGCUGAAGUUGAAACCUUAAGCAGCAUAAACCAUCUGAACCUGGUAAGACUCAGAGGAUUUUGUGCAGACUCUGAGCACAAGCUAUUGGUUUAUGAGCUUUUAGAAAAUGGGUCUCUGGAUAAGUGGCUUUUCCCACCCAGAAGAGGAAGUCCAAAUUCAGAAGAAAACUUCAAUGUCUUUUUAACUUGGCAACAACGGUACGAGGUUGCCAAAGGGACUGCCCGAAGCUUGACCUAUCUGCACGAGCAAUGCAGGGAGCCCAUCCUUCACUUAGACAUAAAACCUCAGAACAUUCUCCUGGACAAGAACUUCACGCCCAAAGUCUCUGAUUUCGGCAUGUCUAAGCUUCUCAAAGAAGACAUGAGCCAUAUUUUAACAGAACCAAGAGGAACCCUUGGUUACCUUGACCCUGAAUUUCUGAAGUACGGCUUUGCCACUAAGAAAUGCGAUGUCUACAGCUUUGGGAUGGUGUUGCUAGAACUGGUAUCUGGGAGAAGGAAUCUUGACCCUUUUGCUUCUGAUACUCACCUCCAAUAUUUCCCUGAAUGGGCUAUGCUCAAGGCCCGGGAGGGCAGCUACCUGGAACUGGUAGACCAGAGGCUUGAGAACAAUGUUGAUAUGGAGGUUGUUAUCAGGAUGACUAAGGUGGCAUUUUGGUGCGUUCAGGACAAUCCCGACAAAAGGCCAACGAUGACUGAGUCAUUGAAGAUGUUGGAGGGGGAGUGGAAUGUUCCUGACCCACCUUUGUGGUUGUCGCAGAAAGGUCCCGAGUUCUUUAAAGGAAAUGGGUAUGAGUCAAUGGAAAUGGGUGAGAGGGCAUAUGGUAGCAUAGCCACAGUGUCCACCGCUGAGCUAUCUGAUCCAAGAUAA